GAUCCAGAUGUUGGACUUGGGACUCUUCUUCGAAACUCGAAGGACCUCAGUAUCAGCAUUGAUGGCGUGGAUUAUCCUUUGGAGCAUGACAAAGCCGCAAGCCAUGCUGGCACCAGGGCCGCCAAGGAGCGGCAGCGACGAGUGCUUGUCAAGGUCAUGUGGAGCCAAGCAGGAGGCUGCCUGUUGCUCUCUGCUGUUUGGAUGCUCCUGGAGUGGCGCAUUUCAAAGCUUCGCAAAGCCGAAGCCCUGGAUGUUGACGAGGUGAUUGCCACUCAAAAGUCUCGCUUGUUGCGUGGACGGCAAGACCAUUUUCACCCCGAGACGGCCACUGAAGAGGACAACAGUUGGGGAACAGUGCAGCUUUGCUGGGAAGACAUCCGCUUGGAG